AUGUCGACAGAUAAAAUGUUAGAGACAAAGAGGAAGGCAGCUGAUGCUGCAAUGAAGGAAGGUGAUAAAUUGACCACCAAGACAUUGUUGAGAUGGAAGUUGGAUUGGGACACUGCUGCAAUUCAAUAUGAGAAGGCUGCAAAUGGAUAUAGAACAACCAAGGCAUAUGACUUGGCAAAGUAUUGCUUCAAGAGGUUAUCGACAUGUCAGAAGCAUGCAGAUGUAUUCUAUCUUGCUGCCAAGAGCAUGGAAGGUGCGUCAUCGAUGGCCAGAGAACAAAACAAUGUGGCAGAGUCAGCAGAUUUGUUGAUUGAGGCCAGCAAACUAUACAGGACCAAUGGCAACUCAUUUGCCGCUGCUGAUGCCAUGACCAAAGCUGCGAAGAUGCUAGAGGAUACAGACUUGAAGAAGGCUUUGGAAUUGUUGCAUGACUCUUGUGAACUGUUUGAAUUGGACGACAAGGAACACUUUAGUGGAGAUACAUUCAAGUUGACAAUAUCGAUGCUCCUGAAGCAUAAGAUGUACUCAGAGACAUUGGAGUUGUUGCUGGCGCAGAACCGUGUAUUUGUCAAACUGGACAACACGCACGAUCUCCACAAGUCAUGUCUGGGCGCCAUCGUCAUCAACCUGUCCAUCGACGACCUGGUCAGCGCCAAGAGGCGCUACGAGGAUUUCUUGAUCUAUCCAAGCUUUAUACACAGCCAGGAGGGCACCAAUGCCCUGGAACUUAUAUAUGCAUUCGAGAAGAAUGAUGGCGAGGCCGUCAAGAAGAUCACAUCAAGGCCACUGUUCAACUUCCUCGACAACCAGAUUGCAAAGAUCGCAAAGAAAUUGGCUGUUUGCGAUAGUGCUGUGGGCGGCAAGGGUGCCACAGAGAAUGAAGAGAGUGUGCUG